AUGCUGCAACCUAUACUGCUAUCUCAAAAUGUGGAGCCUAGCCAUAAUGAGGCUAUUUUCAGAUCAGCUCCUAUGACUUUAGUUCAAUUCUAUGUUACCAUAGAAUUGGCUCGUGAUGUGGUUUGUACAUUGGGAAACCUUGGAACUGUUCAUUUCAGAGAUUUGAAUUCAAAAUUAACUCCAUUUCAAAGAACUUUUGUCACUGAAUUAAGAAGUAUCGAUACAUUAGAAAGUCAACUUCAUUUUCUACAUUCAAGUAUGGAAAAAUAUGAAACUAUUAAAAGUGAUAUAUUCGUUAAUCUUAAAGCUGAUUUGAAUCCCCUUCCUGGAUCAUCGGAAAUGGAUGAAAUUAAAGCCAAGAUCAAGGAUUUUUAUGAAAGAAUUAAACAUCUUGAUAACUCUUUCACUUCCUUAUAUCAACAAAAAUUAAAGUUAAUAGAGAAUAGAUAUGUGCUAACAGCCUUAUCAGAAUUUCAUAGAUCAAGUGUACGUGGAUUUGAUGAUAGUUUCCAAGGUCAAAGACAAGGUAAUGAAACUGAUGAUGAUGAUGUCGCCUUAUUAAACAAUAGAAACAAUAGUUUGGAAUUAGGACAAGAAACUGUGGAUUUAUCAGAAUCAGGAUUCAACUCUAUCUCAGGUACAUUAGCCAGAGAUAAAAUCCCCUUAUUAAGAAAGAUCUUAUGGAGAACUUUAAGAGGUAACUUAUACUUUUAUGAUAGUCAAAUCGAUGAACCAUUAUCUAAUUAUAAUGGUAAAGAUGCUGAAUUAAUCGAUAAAAAUGCGUUUAUUAUCUAUAUUCAUGGUGACUUUUUAAAAGCAAGAGUAAGAAAAAUUAUCCAAUCCUUGGAUGGUAUCAUUUAUGAUAACGUUGGAGGAAAUGAACUGCAAAGAUUUGCUACUAUGGAAGAUCUUAAUUUGAAGAUUAAUGAUUUUAAUAGUGUGGUUGAAAAUACUAAAAGCCAUUUGAUUACAGAAUUAUUAGUGGUUCAAGAAGCUUAUCCUGAUUUUUGUUAUAUUACUCAAAGAGAAAAAUUAAUAUAUCAAACUUUAAAUAAAUUCGAUGAAGAUAGUACCAGAAGAUGUUUAGUUGGUGAAGGUUGGAUUCCAGUAUCUGAAUUCGAUAGCAUCAGACAAACGUUACGUCAUUUGGUGAGAGAAAAAUCUCGUCAUGGUGGUUCUUCUUCAGCAUCGCAAGAAUCAAUACUUUUAAAUGAUGAAUCAGCUUCUGCUCCACCCACUACACCUGCUUCCACUGCUUCUCCGUUAUUUGCAAUUGAUGACACAGACCAUGAAAUCUCCAGUCUCGAUGAUGAUGAUGAGUUUGGUACUUUAAUUGCCGUUGUUAAUGAAUUGUCUACCAAUAGGACUCCUCCAACAUACCAUAAGACAACUAAAUUCAAUGCUGCUUUCCAACUGAUUAUCGAUGCUUAUGGUAUUGCAACUUAUCAAGAAGUAAAUCCAGGUUUGGCUACUAUUAUCACUUUCCCAUUCAUGUUUGCCAUUAUGUUUGGUGAUUUAGGUCAUGGUUUCAUCGUAUUCUUAAUUGCGUUAUAUUUAAUCAAAAAUGAGGUUGCAUUUGGUUCAUUGAGAAAUAAAGAUGAAAUUUUCGAAAUGGCAUUCAAUGGAAGAUAUAUCGUAUUGUUAAUGGGUGCUUUCUCCAUGUAUACUGGUUUGAUGUAUAAUGAUAUAUUCUCCAAAUCCAUGACUCUUUUCAGUUCCGCUUGGGAAUGGAACUUCCCUGCCGAUUAUGACCCCGCCGAUGGACCAAUUAGUCUUACCGCCACCAGAAAACCAGGUCAUGUAUACCCUAUUGGUUUAGAUUGGGCAUGGCAUGGAUCUGAAAAUAAUUUAUUAUUCACAAAUUCUUAUAAGAUGAAAUUAUCUGUCUUAAUGGGGUUUGUCCAUAUGAACUACUCGUUGUUUUUCAGUUUAGUAAAUUAUAGAUAUUUCAAAUCAAGAGUUGAUAUCAUUGGUAAUUUCAUUCCCGGAUUUUUAUUCAUGCAAAGUAUUUUUGGUUAUUUGGCAUUGACCAUUGUUUAUAAAUGGUCAGUUGAUUGGUUAGGCACUGGAAGACAACCUCCUGGUUUACUUAACAUGUUGAUUAAUAUGUUCCUUUCUCCAGGUAAUAUUGAAGAACAAUUAUAUCCCGGUCAAAAAUUCGUUCAAAUCGUACUUGUGUUAAUUGCUCUUGUUUGUGUACCAUGGUUAUUAGUAUACAAGCCAUUAACUUUGAAAAGACAAAAUGAAAGAGCAAUCCAAUUAGGUUAUAGAGAUUUGAAUUCCCAAGUUAAUCAUUCCCUUCAACUUCAUGAAGAAGAAACUGCUUUUGAUUUGGAUGUAGAAUUAAAUCAUGAUCCACUCGAUGAUGAAGUAGAUGAUUUAAACGAAGAAUUUAACUUUCCAAAUGAUAUCGAACCAUUACAUCAUAAUUCAACUUCCCAUGGAGAUGAAGCUGGUUCAUUUGAUUUUGGUGAUAUUGUCAUUCAUCAAGUCAUUCAUACGAUUGAAUUCUGUUUGAAUUGUGUUAGUCAUACUGCUUCUUAUUUAAGAUUAUGGGCCUUAUCAUUAGCUCAUGCCCAAUUAUCGUCUGUGCUUUGGAGUAUGACCAUCAGUAAUGCAUUUGGUCAAACUGGUAAUUUUGGUAUUUUUAUGACUGUGGUAUUGUUUGCGUUAUGGUUUACUUUAACGGUUUGUAUUUUAGUUCUUAUGGAAGGUACUUCUGCGAUGUUACAUUCUUUAAGAUUACAUUGGGUGGAAGCAAUGUCCAAGUUUUUCGAAGGUGAAGGUUAUCCAUAUGAACCUUUUGCAUUCAAAGAUAUAGAUUUAUAA